CACGCCGUGUCCCCCCAGGAGGCCCGUGCCCGCCAGGAGCAGCUCUCAGCCCAGCUGCUGAGCGAGACGGCCAUGGCGCAGGCACAGCGCGACUUCCAGCUGCAGCAGGCGCAGUGCGACGCCGCCGUCAGCGCCCGCAAGGCCCAGGCGGACCUGGCCUAUCAGCUGCAGGUGGCCAAGACGAAGCAGCAGAUCGAGGAGCAGCGGGCGCAGGUGCUGGUGGUGGAGCGGGCGCAGCAGGCGCAGCUGCAGGAGCACGAGAUCGGGAGGCGCGAGAGGGAGCUGGAGGCCACCGUCAGGAAACCCGCCGAGGCCGAGCGCUUCCGCAUCGAGCGCCUGGCCGAGGCCGAGAGGCUGCAGCUGAUGACUCAGGCAGAGGCCGAAGCCGAGGCCAUGCGGGUGAGUGGGGCCCCGGGGGGGGGGGGGGGGGGAGCU